AUGCUGCCAGUGUACACCCCCAGCAGCCCCACUUCUCCUACCUCCCAGCAGGCGGCGUCGCGCUCAGAGCAUGUUGUCUCGCUACAGGGUAAUAAGGGGCACGAAUGGCUCUCCUUAUUCGUCAACAGCAGAGCAGCGACGUCAGCGUCCCUCCCACUACUCUUCCAAGGCGAUUCAGUGACAGGGCGUGUUGAGCUGGAUUUACUGAAGGAGGAGACGAUCAAGGCGAUCGUGAUCUCUGUAUUAGCAGGGACGACCGCCGUCGGGCAGGAAGAAUCGAGAUUUCUCCAAAUUGACAAUCAACUCUGGCCUCCAAGUACUCCCAAUACCAAAGGACCUUCAUCGCAGAAAAUCAAAGGCCGGCAUUCGUGGUCAUUCACCAUGGGCUUACCCACUACUGUACCUGUUACUGAGCCAAAUGGAAGGCACGGCCAAUACCCCCUUCCUCCCACUUUCUCUGAACGAGCAAGUCCGGUAUAUAUCGACUACAGGGUGAAGGUCGUGGUCAGGAGGGGCAUGUUUAAGGUCGACCAGCCGUUGACGUUAAGUUUCGGGUAUCUACCAGUCGCCUAUCCAGAAGCACCGUCCACGCUACGAAGGAUGGCGUACAAUGAGGGUAGUUUGUUGAUUGGGCCGGAGGGAGAUCCAGAGGGGUGGAAAGUGUGCGAGACAGUCAAGGAAAAAGGAACAUUAUUCGCCGUCAGAGCGGUGGAAGUCAAGUGUUCGCUCUGCUAUGCCAUCGGCACCCCGAUCCCCAUCGAAAUCACGCUUCGCAGCAGUGACAAGCAAGCCCUCGAUCUCCUCGCAACGCCAGAAGCUCUGCGCGUCCACCUCGUGCGUUCCAUGACUACAGGAUCCGACGCCAUGGAUGAUGACGCGCCGCGAAGAAGUAAUAGCCACUUCCUGGAAAGCGUUGGAGAUGCGUACUUUUGGAUCCAGCUGGAGUCGAAACUGGAAGGGAAUUUGGAUGGCGCGCCCCAAGAGGGAGGAGAGAGAGGGCGGCUGUUGAGGGGAGAGAUCGAAGUGCAGAAGACGUUGAAGCCAAGCUUCAAAUUUCCUAGGUUUACGAUGAGGUACAUGAUACAGAUGCUGCCCUUGAAGGCGCCUGGGUUCACUCUAGCGACAUCCAGCGACAAAGCGCACCCGGGGUAA